CUCUGCUCCAGUGUGUCUGCAGUAGAGAGAAUAAUAUGGAUGAAUUCAAAACAGCUCACCUGUGUCAUUUUCUGCAGAUGAGGUAAGACAAGGUUUCUCUGUGGAUUUCUACCAAGCUGCUGCAGGUUUUGCACACAUGUGAACGAAGCUUAAAGCAUCCACGUGAAGGCUAUCAGACAGCAUGGAGAUUCUCAAUUCAUCCCACUCUAGUAACAUCAAUGUCAGUGAUGACACGGGCCUUUUCUCUGGAAGCCCGUACACGACUGUGGAGAUAACGCUCAUCAUACUCGUUGCUGGAUCUCUGAGUCUGAUCACUGUCAUUGGAAACAUCCUGGUCAUGCUCUCUAUAAAGGUAAACAGGAACCUGCAGACCGUCAACAACUACUUCCUGUUCAGCCUGGCUUGUGCAGACCUGAUUAUUGGCGUCUGCUCCAUGAACCUCUACACCGUCUAUAUUGUGAUUGGCUUCUGGCCCCUGGGAGCAGUGGUGUGUGACCUGUGGCUGGCUGUCGACUAUGUUGUCAGCAACGCCUCAGUCAUGAACUUGCUCAUCAUUAGUUUUGACCGUUACUUCUGUGUCACCAAACCGCUUAGCUACCCGGUGAGGCGCAGCACUAAAAUGGCCGGCUUGAUGAUUGCAGCAGCUUGGGUGUUGUCCUUCAUCCUGUGGGCUCCUGCGAUUUUGUUCUGGCAGUUUAUAGUUGGCGGAAGGACUGUACCACCAAAUGAGUGCUACAUCCAGUUCUUCUCCAACCCAGCAGUGACCUUCGGAACAGCCAUUGCAGCUUUCUACCUACCUGUGGCUAUCAUGAUCCACCUCUACUGGCGUAUCUCCAAGGCCAGCCGCAGCCGCAUGAGGAAGGACAGCAGGAAGACCUCAGGUACUAGUCUGGGAGAAGGUCCCUCCAACAGCCAGGAGGAAGGAGGUGAAAACGUCACUGCAACAAAAAAAGCACAGGAGGAGGCUGGGGAUGGCAAGGAGAAGGAAAUGCUGCAGCAGAAGCAGCAGCAGAAUGGAAUAGGCCCAUGCAAGACAGAAAGAACCAACCAGGUGGACUCCACAUCAGAUAGCAUUCAGGCUUCAACAUCUAAGGAUGCUGAGAUUCCUCCGCCAUCACGAAAAAACUCAAAUGUUGAGAAAAAUGAAACACAACCAUCUUCUCGGAAAAACUCAGCAGUUGAAACUCAAAUGCUGGUCACAAAGACACUCUUUAAGGUAACGAUGCGUGCUAUGAGUGAAAACGCUGUGGCAAAGUGGAAAAGGAGGGGAAUUUCUUCAAGGGAGAGAAAGGUCACACGCACCAUCAUGGCCAUCCUGGUUGCUUUUGUCGUCACGUGGACACCGUACAACGUGAUGGUGCUGAUCAACACAUUCUGCUCCAUCUGCAUCCCCAACACCCUGUGGACCAUUGGCUACUGGCUGUGCUACAUCAACAGCACCAUCAACCCAGCUUGCUACGCCCUCUGCAAUGCCACCUUCAAGAACACCUUCAAGCAGCUGCUUCUGUGCCAGUACAAGAACAUACGCACAGCACGAUGAGGGUGCAAAUAUUAUAUUGUUUGGUGAGUUAGAAUAGUGUGAUAAAUCUUUUAAAGAAUGAUGACAAAGGUUAGAAACAUGUUGUUUAAAAAAAAUAGAUGAAGUGUGAUCUUGUUGUGCAGUUGCUUUGUCAUUUUCACUGGUAGGACACCCCACCCCCAGCCCCCGAAAAAAAAAAUUGAUCGAUUAAACUAAUAAUCGUACUACAAACUCAAACUACUACAAAGUCUUAAAUGGAACUUUGUUUCAUAAUUUUUCAACACAAUUCAAUGAGCUUUACUGAGUCUAUCAUAAAGAAUACAUUUGAAUAACUUUGUUUCUUUGUUUUGUUCCUCUUUUUCCUCCUUCUACACAAACUUGUGCAGUGUUUAAAAUGUGGUUAUUGUGAUGGUUUUGUGAAGGUAAAGUCUACUAUAAAAAGGAGGUGAUUGAAAAGUACACGAUUAUGAAUGAUGAGCUGUAAAAAAGGAAAAUUACUUCUGAAUGAAACCCCGUCUUUAUAUUGAAUCCAGAGGAGAAAAGACAGGUAGCAGCUGUGCUGUGAUAUGUGUCGUGUGUCAUGCUAAACUAACAUUUCACAUUAAUGGAAUCUGUAACCUGUGUUGUUGUGAGACAAGUCCAAAUGUAAAAUGUAUCUGUGUC